ACUCUAUCAACUUACACCGCACAUACGCACAGCUGGUUUCCACAGAGGAAUAGCAAAAAAGGGGGUAUUUUCCUGGAGAUGCUGGCCGAGACGGAUUUCUUGAGCUGCUCUUCACUAGCUGCUCAGGAGGACAUUGAUAUUCCUAUUUCCUCUAAUGUCAUAAGCAAUGCUCAAAGAGACGUCACCUACAGUUGUGGAUCCUGUGGAUAUGAAUUGAACCUGAACUCUUGCAACCGCAAUACUACAAUCAUUGGAUCAAAAUAUGGGAAAACUAUGAGGAGAGGGGUUCUCUCAUUUUUAUGCAUAGACGAGAGCAGAUUUACUCAGAUAAGUAAACUUAGAUGCUCACCUUAUUUUAGGUCAAAAAACUCGUGGGGUUUCUUUCAACGACGCACUAAACUAUUGUGUCGAAAAUGCAGAAGUUAUAUUGGUAUUGCUUAUAUAGAGAAUAGUAAUACAUGCGAUGCCUCUCUACCUGGGAUUAUCAACGUCAAGUCAGAUGCAACAACACCUAAUUGGGACGGGUUGUCAGCUUGUAGAACUAAUUACGACAUCAAAAUAUGUGCGUUAAGGCCAUCUGUUGAGUCCGUUGCUUUUGUUUGAAGGAAAUCAUUAGACACCAGUAAAGUAAGAAAUGCUCCUUCUUGUAUCACACGUAUCCAAGAGUCAAUAUGUAUACGUGCCUACCUCAAGUUGAAGAACUCAUUGUAUAUUUUGAAGGAAGUCGCUAACUGCUGCCACCACCAAGUCCACAUUUAUCACCGGUGCCUAAGAAAAAUAGAGUCAGAUAUGUGCCUUAGGAACACUUGUCGAAGAAUCUGUUGUUAAAGGUAGUCGUCGUGCAACCAAAAAGGAAUGCUUGUUGUUGUGACCAAUCUCAUAGGAAAAGGACGACAGAGUCACUCUACUCUUAUACUUCUGGUUCUUCCUUAUGUAUGAUGAUUGAUAAAGCUUGUAGGUUGUAGCUCAAAAUGUAACUAAGAGUGUUUGUUCAAAAGUGUUGUAGAAGCUUCAAAUGUCGUUGAAUUUAUAAUGCAAAAGUAAAAGAAAAUAAUGGAAGCGGAGGCACGAGGAAACUCGUCUUGGGGUAAAGGACUUGGUGAUUGCAGUCUCCUAUAAUUAAAAAUCACAAGUAACGGUUUUUUUUUUUCUCCCAGUAACUUGUAUGGUCUUCAUGAACCGGUACUCUGAGGUUCUAAUUGAUCAUGGUGAUCGAGUACUUGGCCUGACAAA